AUGUCCUGGAUCUCGUCCCUCCCCCCAGAUCUCCAAUCAAAGGUCCAAGCCUUGGUAGCUACUCACCCCGCCAGCUUGGAUGUCUUACAGGGCCUCUGGGAGUACAAGGAGCAAAGAAAACGCAAAAAAAACAUCGAUGAUCACCCUGGCCCAGUGCCAGAUGCUGCCAAAACGUCCACUUCCGCCCCCUCCAGCGCUGCUGGAGCUGGAACCCCUGCCAAGUCGGCUGCUGGAGCCACAAUAAUCAAGCUUUCGGCACCAGUGGAGCCUUCCACUGUCAUUUUCUCUCUCUCGCAAAUGUCAUUCCAGUCUCCUCUCAGAAAGAGAAUGGACUUGACGUUCCACUUGGUGGAACUGGAGGGCCAGGCAGUUCCUGUGUUGUCUGUGGUCAACAAGCUGGUUGCAGAGCUUUCAAUAGUCAACCUCGACCGUGCUAUACGAUUGUGUGUGCUAGUUCCCAUCUUAGGUAACUCCAACACCUCCAAAAAGAACAUUGUGUGCCUCAGCGUGUGGAUCCACGGCCACAAGGACCCCAUAGUAUGCCAGCUCAACCUCGAUCAGAUCAAAAAGCAAAUGGUUCAAGAAGGAAAGCUUCCUGAGAGCGUGCUUGAUCAGCCAGACGAGGCGUCAGGCCUGCUGAUUUCGUCGAUCCACGAGCGCAUCAUCGACUACUUCCAACGUCAGUUCCGCUUAUGCGGAAUCAACCUCAUCAACUACUUGCCAUGCUCCACGUUGUUCAAGAACGAGGUGCUUUUGCACACCGACACCGCCAUUUCGUUGCGAUUGAACCUCCAGGGCCAGAAGCAGGGAGGCGGCCAGUUUGUGAUGGUGGAAGCUCACAAGGGACUGAAGGACGGCUCGCUCUUGUUUCUCAGCGAAAACGACUUCCAUGGUACCUACAUAAUUUUCGGUUUCAAAAAGCCCAUUUUGGUUUACGAAAUCGCCAACAUCGUCAGCACUUCCUACAGCAGCAUCACCAGGUUGACUUUCAGCUUGCUUCUCACCGUGGUGAAAAACGGGGUCGAAACGUCGGUGGAGUUUGGCAUGAUUGACCAGGAGUAUUUCCAAGUGAUCGACGACUUUAUCAAAGCUCAGAGCAUCAACGACAACUCCUACGACGAUAGCCUUAAGGAGAAAACUAAUUUGAAGAAGGAAAAGGAAGACAAGGACGAGAAUCUCGCUCAGGUUGUCGCUGGCGGAGAUGCAGAUGCUGACGAGGACGAAGAGGACGACGAUUAUGAGGGAGGUGACGACAGCGACGCGGGAGAAGACUCUGACAGUGACGCGGAAAGUGGAGAGAGUGGAGACAGUGCAGACGAGAGCGAUCCUGAUAGCGCAGAUGAGGGUGAGCAAGCAUCAGAAGACGAAGAAGAAGAAGGGGAGGAGGAGGACGAUGGGGUUUUCCACAAGAGCAAGGAGGAAUAG